AUGCUUGGGGCGGAAUGCCUCUCGUUAACUAUCUCACAGAUAGAUUAUUUAGUUUCUGUUUUGAAUAAAAAGAAUGAUAAGGCAGCUUUUUCGGAGAUUCUCGAGUUAUGCGCCCAAAACCCAGGCUCGGUUGAGCGCAACUUUUUUCGUUGUUUAUUUUCACAUAUUGAUUUAUCCCAAUGUGAUACCAAAAUGUCUUCCAAAGAUUCCCUUCAGCUAUCGUAUCUUAUUCAAGGACUGCGCAAGUCGCAGUCAAAAUCCAACUUCACUUCAUUAAUAUGCUUCGCCGUUCAGUCAUUGAUAAACACCCCAAAGGAUUCAAGUCAACUUAACAAUGGGCUGUCAUCUGUUUCAACACAGCAUGAUCGUCAUCCGAUCUUUGCUUUCGUCUUGAAAUUACUUGAUAGUCUACCUCUAUCCACGGGAUUACCAUUGGGUCUCUCACUGACGCACGCAACCAACGCUGAUGUAAAACAAUGUUUUAGCAGUUGGUUGCAUUCAAGGUUCACUGCAUUAAUUGAUCGAGAAGGUUCGUCGUUAGAGAAGGAGGACAAGUUAGUCAAACUUGGAACCAGUUUGAUUGGAGAAAUUGGAGUAGAAAGGGUGAAUUUUCUCCUCGCGCAUCUCCUUCUGCCUUCUAGUUUUCGACACCUCUCGCCAAAGGUCACUUUAGCUCUCCGGCGAGGCAUACAACGGGCCUCUGCUUUACCGAUUUCGCUGGAUUGUUACCUAUCGACUCCCAAUGGUGCCAUUGCCGAUGCUAUGGCUGAUGAUGUUGAUAAGGGUGAGGAAGACUUAACGUUGUCACCGUCGUCGUCUAUAGAGACGUUCUUCCUCACCCCUUCCAAUCAGUUGAAGGCUCUCACUGGGUCGCCAUCAAAGAAGGUGGAGGAUGAGACUCAAAGUUCCGCUGAUUUCCUCCUGGCCGAUGCUUUUGAAGACCUCGGUUUCAUGGCACUUUCUACUUGUCAGGCGACCGAGUGUCUGCUGAGUCAGUUUUCUUCGAUAGAUGUUACGACCACCUUCGUGGCUCGCAGCAUGUGUGUAAUGAUUCGCACAGCCGGUCAAGGUCCUUUCUUCCCUCGGAACAGUUCGUUGAAUUUCUUCGCUCCACUAACCCGGUCUUUCCAGAGAACUUUUCUGGUCAUCAGCGAGCUCGAUUGCCCCUACUUCCAUGUCCCGAAUCAGGCGGGUCUAGCGGUGUUGAAGCAUUUUCUCGUCUAUGAGGUGGACCGCCAGCAGAACGUUUCGUUGGGACUGUUCUACCGUCCCUGGAAAAAUGCCUCCGGCCAGCUAUCCCUCCUUCAGCAAUGCUCUCUUCACCCUGAAACAAAUAUCCUUAUUCACACUUCCACGGCCCACCUUAGCGGCCUUAGGCUAGGGACGGAGGAUAAAGCCCCACUUCUUCAGAUUUGGAAGAAUUCGGAUUUUGUGACCGCUCUGCUUCACAUCUCCACUGUUGGGUUUUUCAAUGAAGCUCGUAGUAUUCUUGAUCAAGGUUUUAAUCACUCACCGGACAUAUUCACCGCAACGCUUCUUGCAACCUCGGAAAUGGUUCCGUUGAAAUGCAAAAUGCUCUCGCUAGCCUUCACACACUUUCUUCUUCCACAUACGAACUCCCAAUCCAUUCUUCAAACCGUAUGGACCGGUCCAUUUCCAAAACUGACCGACACACAGCGUUGUUUCCAACGCAGUCUUUUCCUUACAACCUGUCUCAAAUUAGUUGAGUCCUGGGGUGUAACUGCUCUCUCCAACGGUACUGAAACGCUCUCCUCCGUUUCUGUCUCUUCUUCUGUCCAAGCAACAUUCUUCAAUCUCAUUGACAUAUUGUUACGUAUUCGAGGCGACUCGGUGAUGCCACUGGCAAUGAUGCUGGGCAGUCGAGCGGCACCUGUCUCCUUGGCUGUGUCUCAACUCUGGCCUGGUAGGAGUGUAGCCGAAGAAGUGCCGGACGCAAACGCGUUUGCGGAGAUCUCAGAACCGCCCUCUGUGGCUGCCCUCCUCGAUCUUGCCUUCAGUUUGGUGGUGUAUAUGGUGGACGCGGUAAAGGCUUUUAUGGGAACCGGGGACUGUAGCAGUGAGGGUAGUCUGCAGCACCUUCUCAGUACACCAAUUCCAGCCAUUCAGACGACGCUGGACUCGUUUCUUACAAACUGGUUCACCGAACAGAUGACUGGCGAGAAGGAGGAUGCUGACGCCUUCUGCGUGGAACUGCUGCGAUACUUAUGCCGGCGCUACCCAUCACUGGUAGACACAUCGGGGGCACCGCUGCUCCCACAGGCGCCUGUCGCCUCGAUGCCGCUGCCUUCGGCGCUGCUGGAGACUAACCGCCAUCUUCCCGUUCAUCUUCGCCGUCCUCCUGCCUUUAUCAUCCGUCACAUCAUUAACUCUGCUCGCAAGGCACUCAGGUGCCUAACUAUCAGUGUUUCACCAAAGGUCGCAUCAGAGACAAAUCAGACUUUAGCCUUCUAUUUGCAAAACUUAAAUCGCAUCUACAGCCUUUCGGGCGCUUCCUCAUUUGGCAGCUGCGUCGUCGGCGACCAGACUGCCUCUACCAUCCCUGCAUCCACAGCCUCUGUGUGGGCGUCUUCCAGGGACGCAGAUCCGGCCAGAGUCGCACUAGCAGCAAAUUUACACAAGCUGAUUCAGCGCGGUCCCUCCGCUGCCGGAAGCGGGCCUUCAAUGGCAGGGACAGUGCCGCCCCCGGUGGGUGGCGCAAGUGGCAGCGCGCCACCACCUCCCUCCAUCUACCUCAACUUCAAUAUUGAGCCCCCUGAGCUCAAUCUCUCUAGCGAGUUAGAUGUUCAGGUGAACGCAUUCUUCCACAAGCUCCUUCAGGGCGCUUGCAGUGUUGAGGAUAUGGUGAAGUGCCUCUACGAGUACGCCGCUUCCGACUCGCCGGGACAGAAGAAGCUCCUUGAUGGUAUCCUUCGAGUCCUUACCUAUGAGGUCACCAGUCAUCUCCAUGAUUAUCCCGAGCACGCGCUGCACUCGAUAACCGAACUUUAUGGCGGCAUCCUCGCUGGUCUCGUCACCCAACUCUCCGUGUCAGCCCUUUCCAUGCUGUGGAAGGCAUUUUUGAAUCGCGUCUUCCUUUUUACCAACGAAAUACACACUGAAACACCGGCUUUUCGAGCUGUUGUGAACAUCCUCAACAAGACUAAGCCCACGUUUAUUCGUUACGUCAACUUGACCAAUUAUCUGGUUAAUUGCUUCGCCUUCAAGCAUUUUCCUUCUGAGUUGCGCGAUGCCAUUGCGAGUGCAGACGCCUUCUGUAAGAGCUUCCAAUGUCAGCAAUCAAACAGCCACCCUCACCUCACCGGUUCGCAGUCACUCAAGGCAAGUUCCAUCAAAAGUAUCCGAGACUUGCAGAUAGCUGGACAGACUGCGACGGCACUACAUACCCAACAAAUCUUGCUACAACAACAACAGCAGCAGCAUCAGGCGCCGCCGAUGCCGGAGUCUGCACCACCCGAAUCGCCUGAUGAAAGCGUUCGCGACCGUAUCUUCUUCGUCUUUAACAAUGUCUCCCCUCUGAAUGCGAAGGAGAAAGCAGAGGAGCUUUGCGGCAUUUUACAGGAGUCCACCCUACCUUGGUUUGCCCACUACUUGGUCAACAAACGUGUCACCGUUGAAAAUUCAUUCCUCGAAGUCUUUGACGAUGUUGUUGACGAAGUUCAGAAGCGUUUUCCCACUGCUCGGCAACUCGUCCUCUCUGAACUCUUUCGCGCUAUCAAGGGGAUCCUGCGCAACCUUCGAUCCGACGUUGACGACCCGCAUGCACGAGGAUGCCUAAAGAGCCUGGGUCGUUUUUUGGGUCUCCUGACACUUGCACGAAAUAAGCCAAUUCUCCACGACGAUUUGAGUUUGAAGGAGCUCAUUUUGGAAGCGGAGGAGAAGGGCUCUGUGGCCCUCAACUUUGUCAUCCCCUUCAUCUCUAAUGUUCUCCGUGGGGCUGUUGACAGCGUCUUUGCUCCACCUUCUCCUUACACUAUGGCCAUCCUUAAAGUGCUACGAGAGCUUUACGAUGUUUGUGACAUGAAGGUUCAACUGAAAUUUGAGAUUGAAUUAACAUGCAAAAUGCUGGGUUACGAACUGCGGGACCUUACGCCGGCAGAGUACCUGCGAAAUCGAAAUAAUCUGGCAAACUUGGAGAAGCGGUACAUCUUUUACGUGAAUCCGUCGGCCGGAACCGCUUCCUCGACUGGUCAGCAGCCGCAGCCGCAGCCGCAGCAGCAGCAACAACCACCACCACCAUCACAAUUAACAAAUCAGGCGCGGGCUUUGCAGGCCCAGGCAACGCUUCAAGCACAACAGGCGAUUCCUUACGAUACCCCCGCUAUGGAGUGCAACCCUCGCUCACUGGCUGCGUUGGCACAUCAACAGCACCAGAGGUUGGCUGCUGCUCAACAGCAGCAACCACAGCAUCAGCAGAUGUAUGCAGCCGCCAGUUCUACAGCUGGUGGACGUUCAAACGUCUUCACUGCCCUUCUGGAAGGUGCUCAGUCGAAUCCUGCUGCAGCUGCUGCCGCCGCCGUCAUGGCUGGAAAUGUUCAUCGAGGUGAUUCCAUCUACUCCUACGGUGGUGCCGCCGCUGCUGAUGAUAGCUUUCGUCGCAAGUGGGACCCAGCUCUCGUGGCUAUGCAGCAGAAUGCUGUGGUUGGUCAGCAGCCUCAACAACAACAGCCAUCACUGGCGCAACCACAACAGCAGCAGCAGCCUGGAAGACAGCAACAACCGCAGUUAUAUCCCCAAGUUGCUGCAGCGGUUGUUGCAACUCAGCAGAUCUCAGCGGCAUCAACCUCCACCUACAAUCCAGCUGCCGCUGCCGCCGGUCUCCCGCAUGUCGUUUCAGCCCCUCAAUUGGUUAGUUCCACACAGCAGGCAAGGGAACUCUCUCACUCUGGAACGGCUGGCAGCGCCGGCAGUUCUUUGCCACAGUACGAUGAUUUAGAUCUUUCCACUGUGCGCUCCUCUGUCAACAUGGAGGAGAUCAUUCAGCAGUUGUAUGCCAUCUCUCAGUCAUCCGUGCAGAACCUUAACUCCAAUGCUGCCUUAAAGGCAUUUAAUAUGAUUCGUAUGGAGGCAGUUCGAGCGGUGAUCUUGCCGGCGAUUGAGAAGUGCAUCAAGGAGACCCUUGGUCCCCUGGCAGAGCGGUCGAUAUCGUUGGCUCUAUCGACGACGGAAACACUGAUACGGAAGGACUUUGCUUUCCAUUCAAAGCCCAUGCCGAUGUUGUGUGCUGCCAAACAGAUGGUGCGUCACCUGGCCGCUGCCUCCUCUCUCACCAGUGGACGCGAGGCCUUCCACGUCAGCUUGUGCAAUAACCUCAUCAGUUCUAUCUGGAAUAUAGUCAAGUUCAGUAAUCAGCAUGACAAGGAAGCAGUGGAACUCAUCGCAAUGGUUGUGGCUGCCAGGGUCGCCCAGGUCUCGGUGUCCUACAUGCAGAAAACCAUUGCGGAGCGCGCAGUUUGGGAGGUGGAAAAGAAGUUGGAAGCGGAUGUAAAGCUCCGCCAGGAAUUGGGACCACGUCGGUUCGAGGAACAGAUCAGCCAUAGUCAUCAGAACCUUCCUGAGUGCGUGCGAGUGAACACGCAUCUAUUGAACAAUAUGCGCCUGGAGGUGUACCAGGAGUUUGGUCGCUCGAUUCCGGGCUUUGCUCCGCCGGUUGGUCCUAUGUCUCCAGAGAGCAGUCACUUCCCACUUCCAACUUCGACCGGUGCUGCCGUUGCAGCUGCGCAAGCUCAGCAGAUGUUUCAGAGGACGGCUGGCCCCAUGGUUCCUCAGCCCACGGUUUCGUCAUCGUCAACUUCUGGAACACCUCAGCAGAUCGCCGUAGCUGCGAAAUUGCUUUUUCAGCAACACCAGCAGCAGCAAUACCUUCAACAGCAGCAGCAACAACCGCAUACGAGUGCUGUUACCUCUCAACAACCACCACAACAGCAGCAACAACAGACGCAUCCUCAACAGCAACCUCCUCAAUCGACAUCGUCCAUGAACCUCUUUGACAGCAUUGUGAUGUAUAUCCGACGUCACCUGGCCAACAUCACGAAGCUUCUUGCCCCCGUGACCCCCUCACAGGAACCUGCUAUGGUGCGCUCCUUGCACAAUCUUGUGGAGAUUGUACAACUAGCGAAAGCCACGGCUGUUAGUGGUGUGAGCUCCGGUGGCGGUGGUGCCGCUUCCGGGGGUGAAAACGUCUGUGUGCGGAUAAUCGCGUUUCUUAUUCAGUCGCUCCUCACUCACUAUCGUCCUUCGCAGUGGACUGAACAACCUGGCGGUCUUCAGGUGAUGGAACACCUCAAGGAGGCUCACAUGAUCACUUUAAGGCACCUGCUCUCUUGUGAACAGAACUCCUGGGUUACUAAGCAGGUGACAAAUGCUUGGAUCCAGCUGCCUGAUGGUGAUGCGGAGCCCUCGAAUAUCCAACGUCCCGUUCUCUCCGCCUCGACGAACGCCUCAAAGGUGGAACAGCUUUCCACACUUGCUACUCUCGCUGUGGCCAAAUCCGGCACUCGGGUGUCAACAGGAGGCGAUUCCAACAAUUCAAUAGGGCUUAAUGUUAGCAGUAGCAAGUGGAACUGGGAGGCUUUCGCAGAGCUUCUGAAAGUCCAUGUUCUCUACCUCACGCAGAUCGACGCUUACCUAGCGGGUAAGAUUGCUUCUGGUCACAUGAUGGCGACCACCUUCGUGCUCAACCUGCUGGACCACUUUGUGCUGCCUAUUUUCAUGGGGUCUCCGUCUGUCUCCAUCCCCGUUGAUAGUGCUAAUGCUGCAAUUACCAGUCAGCUAGCCAGUAAUAGCACACGAACCAUUGCCUCGUCUCUUGGGAACGUUUAUGCGGUCACCAGCAAACGUGAGUUCACCGUUUUGAACGAGUACGACCUUUGGCUCACAAUUCGAGCCCUUCAAGCCCAGCAGCGGGCUACUCUCGUUGCACCCGGUGACUUUAACUUGCGUCUCCGGCUGUCCUGCGCUCGUGUUCGAGCCCUCAUGGAUUGGGGUCUCUUUGACACCGAGCCCUUAAGCCUCUUUUACGGUAACGAUUCUGUGGAGUGCGCAGCCCUUUUCGUCGGUUGUUCGCGCGCCCGUGAAUUCGACGACACCCAGCAGAUGAAGGCGAAGACGGAGAAUUACUUCCGUUGGUGGGUGGAAUUUUACCGCAAUCCGCAGGAACAAGCAGAGGCUGGGUCACCGGCUGAACAGGCCAUUAACAACCUCAUCGGGAUGGGUUUCCUCUCCUCUGACGAGAGCCUCACUCGCUUCUUCCGGCUGGCUACCAUCUACGUGGUUGAAAGGACGUUAAACAACCUCAAGCAGGCAGAACAGGCUUCCACCAACUUGGUCAACAACACGCGGAACAACAAUGUCUACAUUGAGUUGGACGCCUACGCUCGUCUCAUCAGUUACGUGGUUAACUGGCCUGAAAGUCCAGUGGAGAAUGGGACGGAAAGGAAUAAUCCCAAAAUAGCCCUAUUGAGUCGGGUGUUGGGUAUCAUUGGCGGCACCCUUAUGCAGAGUCACGAAGUUCGCCCUGAACUCUUCCACCCUAUGCCCUUUGAACGCAUCCUCGUGAUGUUAUUCAUGGACCUAUGCAACAACGCUCCCACUCCUCCGCGACCUGCUAAUUCCACCACAGCCACCUCGACGGGCGAGACAGGCGAGACUCAAUCAAAAAGCCUGACCUUACACGAGUACAUUCCCAUCGCGUUUGGCAAACUUUUUCACAUGCUACGUCCAACACGGGUGGCCAAGUUCACACUCGCCUUUCUCGAAGUGAUAGGACAUCGGUAUUUCGUGUCGCACACCCUGGGAGCGUCAGUGUCCCCUCAGCUGCGUGCUGCCUACCGUGCUGUCUACGCCCAGUUGCUGGCUGAUAUGCUCACUUACUUGGCCUUCUAUCUGCAGAAUGCUAUUGCACUCAAGCACGUCACGUCACUCUUCAUCGCCACCUUCCGCCUUUGCCUCGUGCUUUUCCACGACUUCCCCGACUUCAUAUCUGACUACUGCCUCUUCUUCUGCAACAUCAUCUCGUCCUCCGCCAUUCAAUUGCGUAAUCUCAUCCUCUCCAGUGAGCCCAGACGCGGCGUCUCCCCGACUGAUCCUCUCAACGCUCCUCCGGUUAAUCAACUGUCUCAGUUGGAAGAUCCCAUCGGCUACACUAUGGAGGCGGGAAAUCGUCUACCACCCGUUCUCCGGUCAGAAAUCGACUCCUAUCUCUCCUCUCGAGUACCCACUAAGCUCCUCUCCGAACUCAGCUUAAUGCUGCAGCGGGUCGAUUCGGUGGCUGCACUUCUCAUUUCUCCUUCACACCUCCUCACCUCGGCGCUAAACGUGGAACAUUCUGAGGGCGGAGAUGCGUGUUCACAGGAGGUGGCUCCACCCCCACCGCCCCCGCAGGGCAAAAAGGCGAAGAAAGCUGCAGCAGCGAAAGCUGCGGCUGCAGCUGCACAACAGCACGCUGUGCUCGUGGGAGCUGCUCAGCAGGCAAACAUGGCGGCCUUCUGGGCCGCCUUGGGCUCACAGAUGCUCUCCACGUACGGCGUCGCCAAUAACAUGCACUACAGCGCGGAAUUGAUGACCGAUUUGGUGCUUUAUCUCUGUAUCACUGCGGUCCGGAGCCUCCGUGACUCUGGAACGCCGCUGAAUGUGAACUCGGUGGCAAACACACCGCAGAUGGAGAUUCUCCAAGCUUUGAUUGUGAAUCUAGACGAUGAGGGAUGCUACCUCUUGCUCAAUUGCAUGGCUAAUCAAUUGCGCUAUCUCAAUUCGCACACCUACUACUUCUCCUACAGCCUCCUUUAUCUCUUUGCUGAGUUGCCGAUGCAAAAGGUGAAAGAGCAGAUUAGUCGUGUGUUGAUGGAGCGUUUGAUUGUGAACCGUCCACAUCCCUGGGGUCUGUUGAUGACCUCCGCGGAGUUGUUACGGAAUCCCAUCUACCACUACUGGGACCAUGAGUUUGCACGCUGUCACAAGGACAUGGAGGACAUCGUCACCGUCGUAGCGCGCAGCUGUAUCUCCAACUUCACACCCCCACAAAGCAGCAUCAGCGGUGGUGGCAAUAGUAGCAAUAGCAACAACAGCAGCAGUGCUGUCACCGCCGGUGGUGGAAGCCAACCAUCCAACCAAAUGCCUUCCGCGUCAUCAAUGACGCAAGCUCAGGGAGGCGCGGCGACAUCAGCUGCUCCCACACCCUCUCCCCAACCAGUUGCCGAGACGAAGACCGUCGCUCCUGCUGCAGCUACACUGAGUUGA